ACUAUUACAGAUUGACAGUCAUCAGCUUGUUCUUCUCCUCUGUUUCAGCCAAUCACCACCUCAGCAAAGAUGACAUCAGUCUUUCCGUUUGCUUUGUUGCUCUGUUUGUCCAGCGGACUGUUGACUGCAUAUGGUGCAGCUCGCUGUCCUCCUGGUUGGACUCAGUUUGGUUCUCGCUGUUUUGCUUUCUACAUCCAGACAAAGACCUGGAUCGAGGCAGAGACCUUCUGCCAGACCGCUGGUGGGAAUCUGGCUUCCAUCCACACAGCUGCGGAACAUAAAUUCAUCAAAGACUUCAUUAACCAAGUGACCGGCACACAGACAACUUCCUGGAUCGGAGGCACCGACGCAGUGAAGGUGUUUACAUGGUUGUGGACUGAUGGAUCCAAAUUCAACUACAAAAGCUUCAAUGCAGGGGAGCCUAACAACAACACUGGAGCAGAGUUCUGUCUUGUGAUGAACUGGAACUGGGGUGUUGAAAGCAACUGGAACGACUUGGCUUGUAUCAACCAACUUUCUUUCGUGUGCUCCAAGAACAGCGUGUAA